AUGCAUCUACUGAGUUCCUUCCGCGCAGUUGUGCUCUCUGUUAUACUGGUCCAUAGAGCCAAGUCCCAAGCCUUUGAUACGCCGAACUCCGCAUCUCAUCCUUUACGUAUCUGGACCACCUCAGCAGGCAGUUAUUUUAAUGACUCGUAUCUUAUUGGCAAUGGUCGCAUUGGUGCCGCGCUCCCCGGUGGCGCCGCGUCCGAAGUUAUUCGAGUUAAUGAAGAUUCCCUAUGGUCUGGGGGAAAGCUUUCACGGGUCAAUCCCGAUGCGAAUGGGAAAAUGAGAGAUAUACAGUCCCUUCUUACGCAACAGCGAAACCCCGAAGCUGCUAGGUUGGCAGGAUUUGCGUACGCUGGAACUCCGGUCUCUGCGCGCCAUUAUGAGCCACUUGGUGAUCUCCAACUAGUGAUGAAUCACUCUAGCAGCACUACUGGCUAUGAAAGAUGGCUCGAUCUCUUUGAUUCUUCAGUCGGAGUUUACUAUACUGUUGGUGGAGUCAGUUAUAGGCGAGAGUAUAUUGCUAGCAACCCGGAUAAUAUAAUCGCGAUCCACAUCACCGCUAGCAAACCCGCUUCUGUCUCAUUCAAUAUCCACCUACGGAAGGGUCAGAGUCUUAAUAGGUGGGAGGAUUAUACAUACAAGGUGGGAAGUGACACUACCGUAAUGGGUGGUGAGAGCCAGGGAAAGGAUGGAGUAAAAUUUUCUGCUGGCACAAAAGUAGUUGCUUCGGGCGGCAAGGUGUAUACCCUCGGCGACUAUGUCAUCUGUGACAAUGCAGAUGAGGCGACCAUCUUUUUCACAGCAUGGACAGCUUAUCGUCAGCAGGACCCCAUAAACAAGGUUCUCUCAGAUCUCUCCAGUAUUAGUGUCAAGUCAUACUCUGAUAUCAGAGCCACCCAUGUUGCAGACUAUCAGAAGUAUUUUGGGAGAGUGUCUCUAAGUCUGGGGAGCUCAUCUGAUACUCAGAAGGCUCUAUCGACACCAAAGAGGCUAGCUGCAAUUGCUUCAACAUUCGAUCCUGAAUUAGUUGCUCUAUACUUUCAGUUUGGUAGAUAUCUCUUCAUUUCGUCUUCGCGAGUGAACACGCUCCCUCCAAAUCUUCAAGGCAUCUGGAACCAAGAAAUGGAUCCGCAAUGGGGUUCAAAAUAUACAGUCAACAUAAACCUCCAAAUGAACUAUUGGCCUAGUCUUGUUACUAACAUGAUCGAACUUACUACUCCCCUCUACGAUCUCAUUGCACGCCUACAUUCAAGUGGGAAAAAGACUGCCCAGUCUAUGUAUGGAAACUCCCAAGGCUGGGUCUGUCAUCACAAUACAGAUAUAUGGGCAGAUACUGCCCCUCAAGACAAUUAUGCCUCCUCAACCUGGUGGCCAGCAGGUAGUGCGUGGCUUGUUCAUCAUAUUAUCGAGGAGUAUAGAUUUACCAGGGACAAAGAAUUCCUCCAGAAAUACUACAACACCAUUAAAGAUGCUGCUCUUUUCUUUACCGAGUUUUUGACUAACUACAAAGGUUGGAAAGUCACAAAUCCUACACUCUCACCGGAGAAUACCUUUUAUUUAUUGGGAACAAAGACUACUACUGCGAUUACCCUAGGAUCAACACUUGAUAACUCUUUAAUCUGGGAGCUAUUUGGCUCUCUUCUCGAGAUUAUGGAUAUUCUUGGAAAGCACGAUAACAGCAUGAAAUCUACUCUCCAUGAUUUGAGGGCCAAGCUCCCACCCCUUCGUAUCAACAAAUGGGGCGGUAUUAUGGAGUGGAUUGAAGACUACGAUGAGACUGAUCCAGGCCAUCGCCAUAUUUCUCAUCUCUUUGGCGUUUAUCCUGGUUCCGAAAUCACAAGCACCAACAUGACAGUUUUCAACGCUGCUAGGUCAUCUGUGAGCCGGCGUCUUUCCUAUGGGAGUGGCUCGACCGGUUGGUCUCGCGCGUGGUUUAUUGCUGUUGGUGGACGUCUGUACCUCCCAGACCAGGUUCACCAAAGCACGGUCACCUUAUUAUAUAACUACACACAUUUUAACUCAAUGCUUGAUACUGGUCCACCCUCAGCUUUCCAGAUUGAUGGGAACUUCGGUGGUACAGCAGGUAUCGUUGAAGCUCUUCUACACAGUCAUGAAACUGUCACAGCAACAAGCAUAACUACGGCGAACAUGAAGGCAAGUGGGACUGGUGAUGCUACUGGAAUACCUGUGAUCAGGUUCUUGCCAACAUUGCCACAUCAAUGGGCUAGCAAUGGCGGUGGCUUUGUCACGGGCCUAAGGGCGCGAGGUGGAGCCCAAGUGGAUAUAUUUUGGACAGAAAAUGGAAAUUUAGAUAACGCUACAAUCACUUCUACUACUGGAGGCCUUCUAUGGGUCACCUUGGGAACUGAAACAAUCGGGGCCAACGACGGAACCCAAAUUUCAAUCGACGGUAUUGGAUCUGGAACUUGGAUUAGACUUAUUCCUAAAAAGGGUACGAAGUAUAUAGUCAGAUUGAAAUAG